AUGUCGAUUCAAUAUAUUUCACCUGAAACUUUCAAGAAAAUGGACAAGAAUAAUCCUUUUAAAAAAAUGUUUAUAGAACAACAAGAACGAGAUAAAGAAAUCAAACAAAAAAUUAACAAAAUAACUAAGAAUAUUCCU